UUUACUUCCUGUUUUGAGUCCUUGCUACCACGCGUGAAGGUGCUAGCUAUCGUAUUGUAUUUAUUCGUGAUAAUGAAUAUUUUUACACGCUUAAACGCCUUAUUAUGUAAAAGAAGAGUUUGCUCUGCUUACAAAGUUCUGCGCCACAGCCAGUUAAUUCAUCGAAACACUGCUACAAAUGUAACCUUAUGUUCGUCUCUACGCUUGGCUUCUGUUGACCCCUUUUUAACAAAAAGAUGUUUUUCGGACACCGACGUCGGGACCAGGACGCCACCGACGAACAGUGACGUUAUGCGGCAUGAAUCACCGGAGCCGGAGACCGACUUUAAUGACAACCGUCACCUGAGCCAAAGGUCGACCGAGACGUUCAACCUGGAUGUUUUGGUGUCUUUGCUGCGACAGGAGAACGCAGACGACAUCUGUGUGAUUAAAUUACCGGAGCACAUCAAAUACACCCAGUACAUCAUCGUGGUCAGCGGCGUGUCACCCAGACACCUCCGUGCGAUGGCCCUUUACGCCAUCAAAGUGUACAAAUUUGUGAGACGGGAUCACAAUCCUCAUGUGAAGAUUGAAGGAAAGACUGCAGAAGACUGGCUUUGUAUUGACUUUGGGAAUAUGGUGGUCCACUUCAUGCUUCCGGAGACCAGGGAAGUGUACGAACUGGAGAAACUGUGGACUCUGCGUUCCCACGAUGAACAACUGAGCCGAAUCCCUGAUGAGAAGCUCCCAGAAGACUUUAUAUAUGACCUUGAAGACGCCAAAGCGUGACUUAAACCAGCAUUCUGUUGUCAUAUAACAUAACGUCCAAGAAGCAACAAUUCCGACAAGGGCUACAACUCGACAUGCGGUUUCCUCCGUCACUUCCUGUCCGUCAUCUCUCCAUGGCAACACAUGCACAAAUGGUCUUCAUUAGUUCCUCAGUAACUACUCAAAAUGUAUUAUUUUCGUUCCUCAGCAACUAGUCUAAAUGUUUAUGCUUUAGUCAUCAGUUCUUCAUUAGUUCCUUGGUAACUACUCUAAAUGUAUGUGCCUUAGCUCCUUGGUAAAUACUCAAGUUCUACAUCAGUUGCUCAGUAACUCCUCUAAAUGUAUGUGUUAGUUAUUAGUUCCUCAGUAACUACUCUAAAUGUAUGUGCCUUAGUCAUCA